AUGCACAUGGUCAACUACAUGUUCCCUGCCAGAGCGCUGGCUUCGUGUCUAUGGGCUCUCACUAGAGCCGGGUUGGAUUCUAAAGAGAUCGCGGAGAAAGCUGUAUUGUGUGCUAGGGACAGAGUUAUGGAGAUGACCCCGCAAGAUGCUACUACUAUCACUUGGGCGUUG